AUGCAAAAGAAGCGAAGCGCUUCCUUCUGCACCGCCGACCUCCCCGCUGUGAUCACCACCUUUGACGACUUCUUUCACGUCGAGCGUACCAGCCUCGCGACACUCCCUCGAGCUGCAUUCUCGUCUCCCGGCUCGCCCGUGGGUGCAACGAAAAUGAUGGCUCUUCCGCAGGUCGAUGGCGUGGCGGAACGUCGCAGGAUCGCCAAGAAGAAAAAGAGAAAUGCCCAGAAGAAGAAGAAGAAGAACAAGGGCAAGAAGACUGCGUCUGCGCAGGCUGAGGAGAAGGUCCCUGACGAGGGCUCCGAGGAUGUUCAUAAGAAGACUGAAGAUGAGGUUGAGGGUGACAAGGAGAAAGGGAAUGAGGUUGAGAAGGCCGGCAACGACGUGCCGGCGAGUGACGUUCGUGACAAGGUCCAACCGACCGAAGCCAACGACAACAACGGCCGGCCCUUCUCGCCCAUGAUCAUGGACAGCUCGCGAUCGUCCACCGUGCAGCCCGAGGACACGCCCAUGGGUCCGAGCGAGUCCACUAACUCAUCUGCUUCUGCUCGCGACCACCACGCUGCGACGGACACAGUCCACGGAGCGCACACUGACAAUCCUGCGGCGAGCGGUGCGGCCGUCACCCGCCCCGGAUCGGCCUACUGUCGCGUCCAUGGCCGCCUCUGCGUCUUCCAUCCCGCCUGCUGUGUGCACAAGCCCCGUCCGGCAGACUGCACCUGUCCGGCCAAGGCGUCGUGCUGCUGUCUGCACCACGCGGGCGACUGCUGUCACUGUGCGUAUGCCGCCGUGGCGGCGGUGGCGGCUGGAAAUUUCGCUGCUGUCGCUAGCGGGGGAAAUGUCUCGGCUGGUCCUGCUGGUAAUAUGCACGGACAUCAAAAGGCCGGUGGCGAGGAGGGGAAUGCGGGUGAUAAGAGCGACACACGUGCGCCAGAGGUUGGUGGAAGUGACAACGAUAGAGAGAAGAAAACGACCGAGUCGGAGAAAGCGCCGGGUGCAGACAACGGCCCAGUCGGAAAGGACGGUAUAGAAACCCUGAGCCCCAUCGCCCAACACCUGCUCCGCUGCUUCGAAAGAACCGGGCACUAUGACUUGCUGGUCACCCUGCGCUCGAGCAGCGAGCUCUUCUGGCCCAUGUCGUUCCGCACGCACGCUUCCAUUGUGUCGCGCAGCCCGGUCGUUGCCAGCUUCCUGCGCGCGACGCCCGAGAAGACCAAGGACGGCGAAAUGCGAGAGCUCUUCGCCGUGGCGGGGGAGAACUUCUGCUUGCCCAAACCCUUCCAGCUCGUCAUCCAGUACAUGUACGGGACGCCGUUGCUGACGGCUGCGCAGCUGCGCACCCAGACGCUCGCAGGAUUCGGCUACACUGAGGAUACGCACCGGCUGACGCAGUUCUGUCUGGAGGCGGCCAUGACCGACGCGGCGGUGUGCUACGCAGCGGCGGGGGCGUUCUUCCAGCUCCGUGACGUGGUCGAGCGCGGCGUGCAGUUGGCAGUCGAAACCAUAUCGCUGGAGAACGUCGACGUGGCGUUCUGGCUGAGUCUGAAUAUGGCCAAGAUCGCGAUCACCAUGGACCCAACUGCGUGCGCUGCGGACAACAACACCGCCGCCAACACCUAUACCGCGGGCAAGAAGAAAAAGAACCAGGCAAAGGAGGAUGUCCAGCAGCGCAGCGACGACGACGACCCCGUCAAAGAACUGAAGAAGGCGGCGGUGUCGCGGCUCGCCACGGCUGCCCUGCGCUUCGUGAUGAACAGAAUCAACGAGACGUUCGUGCUCGACGUCAAGGCCCACUGCGCAGGCAUGCCCGACCGCAUCCCCGAUCGUCUCCGUGGACAGCGCACAACCACAGCCGCAGAGACGUACCGCGGCAGCGAGCCGAUGACACCGAGUGAGAAGCUGUCUGCGGUGCUCCUGGCGCUGACGUUCAACCAUCUGCGGGCGCUGUUUGUUGGAAUGGGUCUGAAGCGCGUGAUGACGGCCGAGAUGGCGGAGAAGAUAGUGUGCGAGAGAGAGAGACGGCGUAUCACCGCGCUCCAGGAGCUUUCCAAGCAGCCUGGCGCCCAGCUCGAGAAAGAUGUGGCGUCUGAAGACGUGCUUGAGUUGGGGUAUCGCGAGUUUUACACUUCCAAGGCCCAGGUGGACGCUGAGAAGCCCGGUGAAAUGGUGAGGGAGAUUGCUUUGGACCGCGAAUGGACUGGCCUCAAGGUGAGGGAGGCGAAGUGA